UGUUCACCACCACCAUCACCUUACCAAGCUAAAAAAAUGGACUCUUCUGAGUACGCAUUCAGCCAUUUCAAUGGGGGCAACUUCAACAUGUUCCAACCCGAUUUCAUGCCAGAAGAAACUGAUUUCGAUACACUCAUUAGCGCCAUUCGAAGCGAGCCUGCAGCAGAUCCAACUGAAAGUUACUAUUUAGACUACGGAUACAAUCACUUUACCAACUCCUGUACGGAGCUGCCGGUUGUGCAGCCGCUGUAUGGUCACAAUGAUGAUGUUCUUGCUGCCGGUGCUGACUUCGGCGGUUAUGAGAUGAUGGAUCCAAACUCGGGUCUGGUUUGGAACCAGGGAAUGGAGGAUAUGAAGGCUUUCUGCGAUGAUGAUUCGUCUGAGUCCGUACCAAACGAUAAAGCGGAAACUACAAAGAGCACCGGCAAUGGCUCGAAGGCUGAUCGGGCGAGGACUUUGAUUUCCGAGCGGAAGAGAAGAAGCGGAAUGAAGGAGAAGCUCUACGCGUUGCGUUCGUUGGUACCCAAUAUAACCAAGAUGGAUAAAGCUUCGAUCGUUGGAGAUGCAGCACGAUACAUUCAAGAUCUUCAAACACAAUCGAAGAAUUUAAGGGCUGAGAUUGCAACAAUUGAAGCGACUAAAGCCCUAAAUGCAUCAUCAUCCCAGAAUUCGGAAAAGGUUUACGUUUCACACCAAUUUCCGACACCGAAGAAGAUAUCAAAGUUGGACAUGUUUCAAGUUGAGGAGAAAGGAUACUAUGUAAGACUCAUUUGCAACAAAGGACGCAGUGUUGCAGCUUCACUUCAUCGAGCACUCGAGUCAAUCACGAGCUUUCAAGUCCAAAGCUCGAAUUUAUCGACCGUUGAUGAUGAUUUUGUCUUGACAUUCACGUUAGAUGUUACCGCAUACGGAUUUGACAUAAACUUGGCAAAUUUGAAGCUAUGGCUUUCGAGUGCUUUUAUCAACCAAGGUUUUGAGUUCAACACGUUUCCCUAGUCCCAAACGAAUUGAAUCCAUAUUUGAGGAACGUUGAUAUGCAUGCACUUGUGUGGCAUUUUUAAACUCUCACACUCACAUGCAUCAUGAGUUGUUUAUGAGAUUUUUUGUAUAUGUCUCACUACCGACACGUACCUUUUGUUUACUUGUGAGGGACUGUGAAUGCGGUAAUAAAAAAAUAAAAUAAAGCUUAUUUUGUCUUA